AUGGCCAGGGCACGCGUACGCCACGCCGGCGGCGAAAUCGGCGACGACAUCCUCCUGGAAGUCUUCGCGCGCCUGCCGGGCUACCAGGACAUUCUCCGGUGCGCGGCGACGUGCAAGCGAUGGUUCGGCCUCAUCACGGACCCGGCCUUUCUUCGGCAGGUCGGCCUCUGGCCGGAGACGGCGCGCCGCCCGUCCGUCCUCGUAGGGAUAUUCUCCCAGAGAUCACAGCCCAGAACAUCGAUGAAGCCCUUGAAGAGGAAACCCUGUACCCCUCCGGAGUUCCUAAGCCUUGGGGCCGGCGGCGCGCACCUCACAUUCAACUCGUUCGUCCACAACGACGAUGGGCUCUUCAACCUCGCGAGGCCACUGGCGUCGCGCCGUGGUUUCCUCGUCGUGCGCGCCUUGCUGCCUGGCCAUAAGAAGCUCCGUCUAGCAGUGUGCCGCCCGCUGAUCGAGAGGCGGGACACGCAUCUUCUCCCAGAGCCUCCCUUGGACCCAAGCCCCACGUCCCUGGAUAGAGAUACAGUUGGCUGGGCGCUUCUCACAAGCGCAGACAAUGGCGACGACGGCUAUGCAAAUUCGGACGACCGGCGCCACUCUACGUUCCAAGUUCUUCUGAUUUACGUCGAUGAGGACGGACUUGUGUACACAUGCAUGUACUCCUCCGACAGGGGUGUUUGGAGCGCACCCACCAUGUGUGGUCGGCUACCUUCAGGUCUCACUAGGCGUGGCCCGCGUGCUGGCGUUGUGACCCGCGGCGGCACCGCACAUUGGUUGCACGGAGACAAGACAAGUUUCCACAUCUUCAGCGUAAGCAGCGCCACCACACAUGCCUCUUUGACCAAGAUUCCAAUCGAAUUCCACCAUGGCGAUCCAUGGCCGCGACCGCCAUUACUAUGCACUGUCCAAGAUGGAAGUAUCUCGUUUGUUAACAUAAGAGAACAUGGCAUGCUAGAGCUUUGGACAAAGCAAAAACAGCAAGAUGCUGGUAAACAUGAUCGUGGUUGUGAGACUGACUGGCUACACUCUCAGUUGGCAGAUCUGGGUAACAAGAAAAUAAACCUUGUCUUCUUUGCAGAGAAAAGAGACGCUUUACUUGUGGAGCAGGCUGGUGAUUUCUUCACUAUCGACCUCACGAGUAAGGAAAAAAAUGUUGAUUGA